AAACCCCCUUCGUUUGCUCAUGGAAAAAACACAGCGCUCAACAUUUCUCGGAAGCCCUUGAGUGUCUGAAGUAUUAGCAUUUACCAAUACACACACACACAGAGAGGAGCCGCCACACUCGGCCUACAGGCUGCUAGUGAGCCCGAGCUGUUUGAAAAAAAUACACCUAGUAGGUGACCGUGUUUGUGUUUUAUAAAGGUAAAUUUAUUUAACUACAUUAGCCCGUUAGCAAAGAGACUUCCUCUUGUGUCUAUGAGGAGUAGAUGCUUCGCUAGCUGUCUAAACUGGAUUAUAACGCGAAUUAUAACGCGUUUACAAGUUUGACAGCUUGGAAGCUGAUUAUGGUAAUUGAUACCAACUGGUGAAAAGCAUGGAGCUGUACUGGUACAUAGUCGUCAUAAUAUUUAUUAUGAUUAAGAUCUUCUUCUACAUCUGCUGGUAUCGCUCAAGGCAAAGACAACUCGCUGCGUACCUCAGCAAUCCCCGAAACGCUCAGAUCGUCAUUGUGGGAGGACGUGCGUACCUGCACCAGGUCUGUGAGAGACAAAAUACAUCAAUCUGGCCCAGCUGGUACGGAGUUCAGGACGACGGCUCGGUCGGCGAACCCUCCGCCUCUCUUCCACCUUCAUCUUCACUGUCUCAACUGGACAUGCCUCCUCCAUAUGAGGCAGUGUCUGGAGCAAAUGACCUGAAGCCUCCACCGUACAGCGAGUACGCUCAAAACGACGAUACUGAUGCAUCCCUGAGCAUCGCCAUCCCGGACGCCAACGAUUCCAGUGCAAUUAGCGAUGCCCCACCCCCUUACACGCCCAGCAUCACCUCUGCAGCCAAUCAGCAAGUAGACAGCCACACAACCUGAGGGAAUGUCAAGUUAGACUUCUCUCAAUGUAGAAAUGCAACAAGGGCUUAGCAACCGCUUUAGCCCCUCUAGGUCUCGUUUUUCCAUCUGGACUUAUUUUCUUUUUAAGCAAACUAUACAAAGAUUUCACAUUGGCGGUGGAUCUUGCUCGUUCUCUUAUGACAUGAGAGAAUUUGUAUCGGGCACACAAUAGGCGGUAUAAAAAUGAGACUGGCCUGAUGCCAUCUUCUGGCAGAGUCGAGCACUGCUCUGCCCACGCUGGUGUACCGGUGCUUUCAGUUCACCCAUGCCUUAUGUUCAUUUCCUCCAGCAAAAUCACAGCGCACAGCCACACGGCAAACACGGUUAUUUCAAUAUUUUUUAAAUGAUUACUUUCAGUGGCAUUUAUUUGCAGCAGUGCUGAAGACUAACGCCAUGAUCACGUGUGGCUGCGUGCUUGAGGAACUGUAAAUAGGUUAGUGGGUUGAUUGAUGCCAACCACAUUCUGCUUAGACAAUGUCGUUGACACAUUUCUUUCUUUCUUUCUUUUUAAAGUCCCAAAGGGAUAGGUUAAAGGUGUAGUUCACGCAAAAAUGAUUAUUCUGUCAUUUGCUCACCAUCAUGUCAUUCCAAAGCUGUAUGACUCUACGUCAAUGGUAACCGAAACUAUUAACAUUCUUCAAAAUGUCUUCUUUUAUGUUCCACAGAAGAAAGUCAUACAGCGUACGGUGAAAUGAUGACAGAAUAAAAUGUUUUGACUGGACUAUCUCUUUAAAGUAUAGAGGUCUAGCCUCAGGUUAUUUAUAACCUCAGUUUAUGUGAUGACAAUUAAAAAAAAAAAACAUUUGCCCUCUGAAGCACUUUUAAUGUUUUGUAAUUGCCUUAAUUCCGUCUGUUAGUAAUUGUACAAUAUUCCUGAAUCAACCAGAGCCGGUGUGGAAAAUUUGGCUAAUGGUUAUGACUCGUGUAAAUGUGCGAAGUCCUACUCUGUGUUGUAUCGCUUAUCAGGUUAAAUGUAACACACUGAUGCAUUUGAGAUCACGGUGCCCUUAUUAACGAUUUCUGCUAACUGAAAUAGACCUUCCGUGUGAGUGUGUGUGUGUAAGGCAUAUGUUAACUGUGUGAUGAAUUUAAGCAGAACUUCCUUUUGAAAAUGUUUAUGUGCUUUGGUGAGCGCAUGAAGUCAUCUCUGUGCAAUUGUCAAUAUAUCAGGUUCACAUAAUGGGAUCAAUAUUUUUUUUUUUGUAUUUAAAAAAAAAAGUCCACAUGAAAGGAUGUGAUUUUAGAAUAUGUGUGUAUAGUUCUGUCCCCCUUCUCCAAUGAGCGCCCAGGCAUUCACUAUGUAAUUUCAUUUAAUCAUAAUUUGAUUUAAACUGUUAAUCCUGCAACAUGUAUUAUCUCAUUUAAACUGAAGUACUGUAUAUGCUAUUUUUGUAUUUAUGGAAAACCCCUUUGAAUCUCUUUCAAAAAAUAAAGAUCGCUGGAAUGUCA